AAUAGUGUCUUCAAAAUGUAGAAAAUUUUUGUUGAAGUAAAAAAUCCAAUUUAAAAUUAAUCAUACGAAGAUUUCAAGUGUAUUUUUUUCUUUAUCUUCUUCUUGAUGUUUGAUAUUUUUUUAUAUUGUACUUUUAUCAUUCGUCAUCACUCAUGAUAAAGUUCAUGCCUAACUUUAGCAACAUACUCGCCUUGCGUUUGGUUUGGUUUGGUUGGUGCCUCUGGUGUAACGUCAAUCGACAGUGUGUGUCAUCUCGUCGUGUUUGACAGAUUAGUAGCGGUCCCCUGUUAGAGUUUUCAGAUUCUUAAGGAAUUUUUUUAAACAAAAUUAUCAGUGUUAUGACACGCGUCCUCUGAUAUCUGAAUAUCUGGUGUGUAAGAGUCGCGUGAAGACUGAGUGAAGUAUGGAUGCCGGGAACAAAGAGGUGCAAUCCGCGACAGAUGCAUCAACGCCGAUCGAAAAUCACAAUAGCAACAAAAUUCGCAGGAGAAAUGUACCGGUUGAAUUGGCGAAUUACGGGAUCAAGGAGGAUAAUUUGUACGAUCGUGUGCCACUCGUGAUUCUGCCCGACUCCACGAAAGCGUGGUACAAUGGUACCGCACCGCGGAUACCUGAUGUCACCGAUGCGGCCACGUCGGGUAAACAGCAGAAUGGAGUAGUGCUGAGUCACGAAGAUGAUCACGAAUCAAAUGGCAAUGCUUCGAUGGAUCCUCUUAUCAAUCGCGAACGGACGAAGAUAAGCGUUAUUCGCGGUAGCAUUGCCAAUCCGGAUUUAACUCUAGGAGAGCUAAGACUACUUGGUUGCAGUAGCGAAGGCUUCGUUAAUGGUACUUGGUCAAGGGUACUGUGGCCAAAACUUUUGAGACUAGUACAAGAGGAGUUUACAUCUGUUGAUGGAUUGGAGACUGUACAUACUUGUAUACCGAAUGAGGUUUAUCAACAGAUAUUGAAGGAUGUAGCACGUAGUGGCAGUCAUAUUUCACAGAAUGCAACAGAAGAGGAAACAGAAAGUUUCCAAGAACAAUUGACGCAGCUUAUGUGCUGGGUACUUCAUAGGCAUUCCGAAUUAAAUUACUACCAGGGAUACAAUGAUGUAGCAGCAACUGUGUUACUUGUGAUGGGAUUACAAGCAGGCUUGUAUGUGCUUGAAAGUAUAACGUUAGAGUUCCUGGAAAGAUUUAUGGAAAAAACUAUGGAAAAAGUAAAUCAAGAGUUAUUCUAUAUAUUUGCAUUACUGGAACGAGUUCACCCAACACUUCUGGAACAUUUGGAGAAUGUAGAACUGUUCCCACACUUUGCUUUGGCUGAAUACACAACAUGGUAUGCACACAAAUAUGCAGAAAAUAGGAUAUUAUUACAUAGAUUAUUUGAUUAUUUCUUGGGCAGUCCUCCACUCAUGCCUCUCUAUCUAAGUACAGUAAUUGUUGCACAUAGAGCUACUGAAAUUUUCAACACUACACCUGACAUGGGGCACACACAUAAGAUAUUAUGUUCGUUACCUGAUAACUUGCCAUUUGAAUCACUCUUAGUAGAAGCAAAGGAUUUAUAUCAAAAAUAUCCUCCUGAAUCUAUCAGUAAUGAUGUCAAAGAUUAUGAUCAUAAGAGAAAAAUUAAAGAACAAGAAUGGAAAGCAAAGGCAGAAGCAGGCCGUCAAGAGAGAGAAAGACAACGAAAAUUAAACAUUGUUCAGUCAACACCAAGAAUAUCUUAUCGCAUCAGAAGUUACAAAACUAUCACUGUUGUGACUAUUUUAGCUUUGGGAAUAUAUGCCUUUAUAAGAUCUUCGACAGGGCUUAACUGACAUUAAAAGAUAUCUAUUGUAAAAAAACUUUCACAAGAGUGUUUACACAUUUUUUAAAAAGACUCUCUACUUCUUUAAUAUAUUACUAAAUAAAGAUUUAGAUUGAGAAAAAAUAGUUUCACCAUAAAGGAAUGAAAUAGCAAGAAAUUAUGUAUUGCUAGAAUAAUUACAAGAGAUUUGAUUGUCAGCGUUUCAGCAAAUCUGUUUUAGAGUACAAGAAUCAGAAUUUUAUGCAUUCCUAUGCUGCCUUCUUGCUGUGUUCUUUGGAGGUUGACCUAAACUUUUUGUGCAUAUAUGUUAAAAAAAAUCAUAAAUACAUAAAAAUUUAGUGAGGAAAAAAAAAACAUUAUUUCAAAUAUUUAAAAUUAUUAGGAGUAUGAACAUGUAAAAUGGGUUGCAUUUCAAAAUUUAUUCUUUAGAAUGGAGUUAUAUUUGGCUGACUUGUCAGGGCAAAAGAAAUAAUAUCAUUGAUGUGGUGAAUUAAACACUAUUCUAUUCCAAGAAAUAAAUUUUGAAAUGUAGCCUAAAUGUUUAGGAAAACUUUAAACAAGAUGUGUAUGAAAGUUUCAUAUGUAUAUGUAUGUAUAGAUUGUAAUGACGUUAUUACAAUCUGUGAUGAAGAAUUUUGUAUAGUGAGUUAAAUUAUUGCAAAAAAAAAAUUAUAAUAUAAUUAAUAUUAUAAUCAAUAAAUAUCUUAUUUUUUAACAACAUUUAUUUACCAUCAUCAAUUAUGAUCAGUUUUUUGUUUAUUUAAUUUACAUUAUUAUUACAAUAACAUUUCAUAUAAAUUGCUCGCCCGCGCGUGUAUGUGUGUGUGUGUAUUAUACAUUAUCAGAAUGAAUUUAAUUAUCAAUAGAUGAAAUGAUAUCAAUACCUAGAAAUUGUUAUAGAAUAUUUAUCUUUUAUCAUUUUGUACAUAAAUGUAAUUUUGUAUAGAAACAUUUUUAAUGUAUCUAAUAAAUAUUUAUUACAUGUUCACAUAUUUGCGGAUUUAUACUAAAAAGAGACAGAAAGAGAAAUAUAUAAAUUGCACAUAUAGAUAAAAUACCAAGAAAAAAUUUUGAAAUUAUAGUAAAAAUCUUAGAAAGUUUACGUAUUUGUUGAUAAAUUUCCUACAAUAAUAUUUUACAUCACAUACGUUUCUUUAUUUUCAAAUAUUAUUCAACACCAUUAUAAGUGUUUAUUGCAUUGUAAAUAAAGAUAUAAAUACGACAUUGAUAUAUAUUUAUGAUAAAAUGAGUUUGUGAUUUGUAAAUUGUGGAACUAGAAGUUCAUUGUUAUUCUAACUGUGCUAUAUAUCAGCUAUUAAAUAUACACAUAUAUUAUUGUAUAUAAUAUGGAGAGACUUGAUGUGAAUAAUAUUAUACAUAAUUAUUAUAUAUCACUAGUCAUAUUAAUUACAUCUUUGUGAGAUCAUACGAUUAGUAUAACAUAAAAAUGGAUAAAAUGUACAUAUGUACCGAGUACAAAAAUAUAUAUGUAUAAAGAGGAAAUAUAGUAUUAUAUUUAUAGGAUAUGAGCUGAGAGUCAAUGAGCGGAAGUAUUGAUAUUUACAAAGUGUUUUUUUUUUUUGUAAUUGCACUAUUUCAUAAUAUUUCUGAUUGAUUCUGAUUGGUAUGUUAUGUAAUGAUAUAUUUUAAUGAACAAUGUAGUUAAUAAAAAUAUAUUUUCAAUUACAAUGACUUAUUUCUUGUACUAAGUAAUUGUAAUAAAUUUCGAGCAAUAAAUGAAUCAUUCAACUUUAAUCUUACGUAAAAUUGUUUUGUUGAUUUAGGAUCAAAUCUUAUUUGAAUCUAUUCCUUACAAUUUUAAUCAAUUUCUCAAUAUUUUCACAUUUAGUCACAUUAGUGUCACUUUUUUAUUGCAUUUGCAUGUUAAUUUAUAUUAAAACCAAAUAAAAAAAUAUUAAGAUGUUAAUAUUA